CGCAGUGCUUCGCCCGGAGCAACUUCCUGGGCUGGUCAGUGUACGACAUAUUCCUGGAGAACUACCUGGCGCACUUCCCCAAGGAGCAGCUGCUAGUCCUGUACACGGAGCAGCUGGCCUCCGCCCCCACCGCCGCCUUCCGAGCCUUCGAAGCGCACCUGGGGGUGCGCGAGUGGCAGUACGACGACGACGUGACGUCACUGCAGUACAACACCCGGGGCUGCUAUGGUUGGACAUGCAACACAGCCGAGGAGUCCCGGAAGAGGCCCGACUCGCAACCUGCGGCCACCACCACCACCACCACCACCACCACCACCAUCACCAGCAGCCACCAAGGUAACAACCCUGACAGCAACAACAAUGGGC